UUUAGUCAUGACUUAUUGAGUCGUUGAGGGUUGGCUGUAAAGAAGUCCGUUACCCUUUAAGACUACUUUGUAACUACCAGAGCCAUAAAUUUCUCAGUGCUCAGUGACUGGGUUCUUAACUCAAGUUAUCUUGCCGAACUAUCUGGCAACAUUAAGGUCCUGCGCUUAUCAUAGUUCCCUUAAAGGAAGUUCGCCACAUUCUGUCAGAUUAGCGUGCACAUCUACAACAUUAACGCCCAUAUUAUCGAGUCGGUGAUCAUCUGCAUAAAUCUUUUGAUGUAAAAGGUAUGGAAGAAUUCCGAAAAAGUGUUUAUCUUCUAACCAGAGAUGAAACGAGGACAUUGACCCUAUCAGAAUUUGCAGGAUUGAGAAAAGGAGAACGGUACAAGCGUGGUGUGACAUUUCAUCGAGACAUGACAGAUGUUCAUGUGAGAGGCUUGCUUGAAAGUUUGUUCUACCCUAUCUUAUCAAAUAAACGGUUUUCUUGCGCAUCACGAGAAGGACAGACCAGUGAUCAAUUCAACUUUCAUGGUAUUCACCGUGUUUGGGAUGGACGAACGAUUAAAAGAAACAUAAAAGGCCAAUCGGCAUUGUAUGUAAUCAUGGAGGACGAGCUUGUAUUAAACCUGGUGUCAUCUGAAGGAGGACCUCCUUCAUCAAUACAAGGUCAUUCGCCAUCCACCAGCUUCUGCCACAACUUUAAAAAUGGCAAGACUGUGUCAUUAACCCAAACACCACAAUCCGUGACAACAGUGACAUCUAUGAACAUAGAAAAUGCAAAAGUGGAAACGACACAAUGGGAACAUUAUAUGAACAGUUAUAAACCUGGAUGGAUUGAUGAUAACCUGAACGUGCCCAACUCACCAGACAUGGCUUUUGAGAAUAUCGUCGAUCCCUUGGACUUUGAAGAGCAAGCCAGAACAGUUAAAAUGAUCUCAAGGACCCCACAGUUGACCAAUGGUAAUCAAGAACAAAGUGAGCUACAAAACCAGCUUCCUUCAACCUCCACUGAUGCCUUUCAAAGCGAUGACAGUGCUUUCAGUUCGUCAGAAGAAAUCGUUUCUCAGAAUGGAAUGUCCCGCGUCCAAGGAACAACGCAAGGGGGUGGAGUGACAAAAACAAGCAGGAAGCGUAUUAAGUUGAUGGGGAAAGAUCUUUCACCAAACUACAUUAGAGAUUCUUCCGGACAAUCUGACAGCGGUAAUUCGUCUGAAGCGAGUACGUGUCAAGCUGAAACUCUCAACCGACCAAAAUCUUUACGCGUACAAGAAGCGAGAAUGAAACCCAGCGAGGGGACUUUGCAGGGUGGAGGAAUCUUUCGUGCAGAAAUAGAUGAAGAACUUCCUCCUUCAAUGGCAACAGGUUGGGCAUAUUUUGGCAAUAAUUACGAGAAAGUUAGGGUAACGAGGGAUGGUCUGGCCAUGCUUGGAGAGGAAAUUCCUCGUGGUGACGCACCAGGACCUGUUACAGUUACUUUUACCACACUGAACGGUGAUUAUGUGGCAAAGGCGAUAUACACUUACAAAAAAUUUGAAAAUUCAACAACCGAGCAGAUUUCGCGCGUUAAACGCUCUCUGGAUAAGGUGGAAGAGUCUGUAAAGCGUCUCAGGAGUGUGACUGACUCAUGGUACGAAAGUGACGAAUCAGCAAGGGAAAAUUAUCCCGAGUCAGUGGUAACAGAAGCGGUGAAGGAUCAAUUAGUAGAGGAGGGUUAUUUUGGAGAUGUAGAAACAUCUGAUACAGAAGAAGCUUCAGAAGAUGAAGACUCUGAUCUCUUGGGUGAAUUCAAAAGUCAGAGGCCUUCAAUGGAACUUCGAGAGCUAGGAGUGAAGUCUUUUUGGGUAAAAGCCCGCUCAAUUUGUUUCAGUUUGCCCUACAUUUCUCCUGACGUACCAAGACUCAUAUUGGGUUUUGCUCGCGAAACUACAGAAUAUGAAAGAAUUAUCCAGGUUCAUCAGAAUUUAGGAGAAUUACUGUGGAAAUUGUCCCCCACAAAACGUAGAACUAUUCAAGUCUGUUUAGAGGUCGUGCACCCAUUCCAAAAGAUACAUGCUGUUUCUGAGAGAUUACAGAUAAAAAGAAUAAACUUAGUAAAGUGGGAGUCAGACCGUAAGCCUCAGGAUAUAGUCAAUGUUGCUCCUGGAGCCGAUGCCGAAGAACAAUGCUUAACAUCGCCGAUCAUUUUACUUCAUCGGAAAGCUGAACAAGUGCUUGAAAGCUCACGGGGGGUGUUCUGCGUAGAUUCACCUUUUGUUUGUGACAGGUUAAAGGAAAAAGAGAAAGCACACGUAAUGUUCAAACGGUUAAGCGAAAGAUAUUCUGUGAGAAGAAUAAAAACUAUGUUGUCUGAUAUUAAUGCCGAAGAACGAUCCUUGAAAUCAUUGAACAGUCGGCUUAACAGGAGAGUCAUUGCUCCUGUGUAUCAGUUUCCAUGGCACUUGUACACUUCAUCGUCCGGAUUGAGUUAUGCUAUUGAGAUGUUGGCUUCAGCCCCGCCCUAUGAAGACCUCUCACAAAUGCUCCAGAAAUUGGAAACUGUGGAACUGGACGAAACUGUCUUUUCAUUCAUGAAGAGGUUUGUUAAGUUACAGUCAUCUCUCUCAACCAUUGUUACAAACCCGGUUACAUCCGCACAGGUUUCUUACAUUCUCUAUACAUCUGAAUCUGCUCAAGUUCCUUUCGGCCUGUUUCACCGACAAGCGUCGCAUCUUUCUCUGCGGAGCAACGAGGAAGAAAAUGCAAGUCAGUCAAUUCUUUCCAUGAUCGAGAAAUUUGCUCUACCUACCUUCUGUAAAAAGGAAAUGGAUUUUGUCAUCCAUCUAAACCAUUCAUCGUCUGAAGGUGUUUUCCAUCCAACUCAAAGGAGAAUUAAAUGGCUUAACUUCAUUAGCGUAUCCGAAAAUAGACUUCGCAAACAGCUUGAAUUGGCACUUGACUCCAAGCGCCUUGAGUUCUCCUGGUUCGCGAGUUUAUCAGAUGAAGAAGGUUUCCUCUGCCCUGCUUGCUGUCAAGAAAACUCAGUCAGCUUUGUUUGCGCUCAGGUUCAAGGUUACAAUCAAGGAGAAUGCGUGCACCUCUGGUUUGAGUUUGAGCAUAGCGACAGCAGUUGCAUAAAAAAUGUCACUGCUAAGACCUGCAAAGAUCCAACCGAGGACUGCGCCAGCUGGACUGGCUCAGAAAAUCGGAUCCCACCGCUGACUGAUGGCAGAAACAGUGGGACUCACUCGGCGUUUGUGAAAGAGUGUAUCGAGGUUUCCCUUCUUAGUGGCAUUCUGAAAUCGCAAGUGCAAAAUGAUAUGGAGUUAAACCAAGCUUCUUUGAAACAGCUGGGCCUGAACACAAAGGUAAUUACUCGUCUCUUGGCAAGGAAAGCCAAAGCAUCCGACAAAAAGAGGAUUGUCAACGGCUGAGAAACAUUGUGCCUACUGAAAAUACUGAUGCAGAAUUGUGGCAAAAAUACCUAGAGGUUGGCUUUAAGAGGAUGGGAUUCGUUGCUUUAAUGAUCAUUUAAAGAAACAUUGCGUAACUGUAGGUAGUCUCCACAACUCAUUAUAUGAAACCAAAUGUCUUGCGAUAGCUUACUCUCUUUAAGGAAAAUCAUAUCUUAAGGUAAAUGUUGAUUUCCUUCUAUAAUAUUUUUCUGCUGAGGAGCUGUCCUGAUGGUUCCUUACAAACACGCUUCAUGUUUUAUUUUUUCAACUUGCAUGAAGACUCUCUGACCCAAGAACAGCGCUUCUGCAUAUACGCUUAAGGGUCAAUCGUAAAUUAACUUUCUUUCUCGUUUUGAAGGACGGCUUUUUGUACAAUAUACCUGCUCGAAGUAAAUUUCUUCUGGUUACUAAGUGCGUCGAUUUCGUAACUUUUAGUUACUGGGCAACUAUAUAUGCCGUCUUUCUCACUGAGAUUUUGAUACCUUUUUAAACAGUAAACAGAGCAUAAGUGCCGACGUGCCCGUGAUAAUGGCACAAACUAACAUUAAAACGCCCAAAAAAUCAUGGCUUUUGCUAUGGUCGAUGAAAAAGGUAAUGACAGAACGAUCUGAUAGUCUUAAUGACGCUUUAAAAGUGUAGAAUGUAGUGGUAUUUUAGCAAUUUUCGCCAUUCUUUGGCUGAUUUUAAUCUCUUUGGUGUUUGCUCUUGUAGAAAACGAUUUUUGUACGGUUCUUUUGUUGUGAAAGGCAUUUAUCCGUCCUGGGCUACAAAUGACUUAAAUUUUUUAUUGUCAUCCAAUGACAAUGUUAACAGUUGGAUAAACAUUGCGUUAAUCACGGUCUAACUAUCGUUCUUGAUUCCUUUUUAUCGAGAAGAGGACUCAGUCUCAAAAUGGAAAGCAGUUUGACGUUUUUACUACCAGUAUUACUUAGUAGAAAAAUAUUACUGUUAUUAUCCUUUGUUUAAUUACUUAUGCUAUUAGAAUUAGAACUAUAUUAAUAGUAUCAUACAACUGUAAAUACACCAUAUAAUAUAUU